AUGCUCUUUGGUGAUCCUAAUAUCUUCUUUUUAAGCCUGUUCCCUUGCAUAUCUAAAUCUAUCUCCGAAUAGCCCUUGUGACAACCAAGGCAAUCUAACAUCAAACCCUCAAGAGAAAGAUCAAAAUGAGGUUACUAGGUUGGAUGCACAAUAAAAUUCGGCAUACUAGCAUUCAGCCAUUCAAGGAUUUUACAAUAGGGAACUAUUGUGUUUGCCUUUCAGCAAAGUCCCCCGUUGAUGACAAAGUCUCCUAUAUAAGACCAAGGUUUGACUCCAGACAUGAGGUAUCUGACAAUGCUUUAUCCGAAGUUGAAGCCAAGAAAGCAGAAGGUAAUCAAGAAGAUCAAACAUCUAGUGCCAUGCCUGAGCUUUUUCAUGGUUUCCUUGCAAUUGGAACUCUUGGUUCAAAACAAGUCAACAGUGAACCAGCAACGCCAACAUUUCCCAUGUCUUUGGAGAACAUAGCAGAUGAAAAAAUAGAGGCAAAAGAGAACGACUUGAAGCUCAUCAACAAUGAAAUAGAAAAGUUUAUUGAUGCUGAAGCUGAAGAAGGUUGCAAUGAAUCAUUGGCGAGGAGCAGUUACGUAAGCAAUAUUACACUCAGCGGCAUACAAACAGAGGGAGCCAAUGCUGAUGAUUAUAGAAACACUGCACUAUGUCCACUUCAAGGAUAUCUAUUUGGUUCAUCAAUAGAACUGCAAGAAACAACAAUUGAAUUAAAGAAGGAAAAAGUAUCUCUCAGGGAGCUGUUUCGUAGGACAAAGAUUUUAGACGAAUCUUCCAAAGGAACUGAAGGGACAAGAGAGAUGCAUGCCAAGGAAGCACAUAAAUCUGCUAAACACCUCAUCAGAAAGAUACUUGGAAAGUUUCAUGCUUCAAGAAAUCCUGCUCCUUCUUCUUCCAAUGAUGCUGCCAACUCUGUUUCAACCAAGAAAAAGCUUAAUAAGGUACUAAGAAUGCUACAUAGAAAAGUCCAUCCUGAAAACUCUUUAGCUGAAAAAGAGUUCACUAAGUCCCAUAAAGAGAACAUUAAGAAGACUCUGCAUCAAAAUGCAGACCUGGUGCACUGGGACGAAGACAACAGAAAAUUUCUUCCAGGAUGCAAGUCAAUGGAAGGGAUACAAUGCGAAAAGAACAACUUGAAACUAUCCCAGUAUGGUCUAAGUGAAAGUAACUCCAAUGGAAAUGGGAACUCCAAUGGAAAUGGGGAAUACUGGAUCAAAACAGAUGCAGACUACUUGGUGCUGGAGCUGUUGUGAAGGAGCAAAAACACAUCUAGUGGUGUUUAAUGGAUAUCAUCUACAUUCUUAUGUAUUGGUGAGUGAUUUGGUAGUGAUAACUCAAGAAGAUGGAAAGAGUAUGAGGCAUCAUACCAUAUCCUUGUGUGAUAAUAAAAGUGUGAUUGCAUAGUCUCAUGUAACAUUCUUAAUUUAUAAAA